GUGGCGGAAGUGCCGGCGAUACUCACAUCCGGACACGUUCUUGCAUCAGAAUCCGGGUAGCAGGAUGGCAGCGAGUGGGGAACAGACUUUUGACUAUGGCCUUAUCUUGAAAAUCAGAGAUGAGUCUUCCCGGGUAGUCGCCUUGAAUGGGUACCUGAGCACUCGCAGUUACAUAGGAGGGUUCACGUUUUCACAGGCCGAUGCAGAAGUCUUUGAGACUCUCCAGGCGCCGCCUCCUGAGCAGCACUUUCACGCACUACGGUGGUACAGACACACAGACGCCAUCUUGAGCAGCAAUUCUCGGCACGCCAGUUCUUGCAGCAACAAAGGUAGAAGAGUCCAACCUGCCUGGUCACCUCCUGAAGGCGUGCAACUGCCAAAACUGCGACUUUACAACAGUCUAACUCGUAGAAAGGAGGAGUUCAUCCCCCAGAAUGGGAAACAAGUAUUGUGGUACUGCUGCGGACCCACUGUCUAUGAUGCCUCUCACAUGGGACAUGCUAGGUCAUAUAUAUCUUUUGACAUUCUCAGAAGAAUUUUAUUAAAUUAUUUCAAAUAUGAUGUAUUUUACUGUAUGAACAUCACAGACAUUGAUGAUAAGAUCAUCAAAAGGGCCCGGCAGAACUACCUGUUUGAACAAUACAAAGAAAAGAAAAACAGCCCAGCUCAGUUACUUGACGAUGUUCAAACUGCUUUAAAGCCUUUUACUGCAAAGUUUAACGAAACAACAGAUUUAGAUAAGAAGCAAAUGCUGGGUCGUCUAAAGGUGGCAGUGGAUGCAGCUAUUGGACCACUGCAGGAGACUUUGCAGAAAGGAGCAGCAGACAGUGAUGUGGUGAGCAAGGCUAAGAAAUUGCUGGAUGAAGCAAAAGACCUGCUCUCUGACUGGCUAGAUCACCAGAAUGGAAGCCAAGUGACUGACAACUCCAUUUUUUCCAUUUUGCCCAAAUACUGGGAAGCCGAAUACCACAAAGACAUGGAAGCACUUAAUGUUCUGCCCCCAGAUGUUCUAACCAGAGUCAGUGAAUAUGUUCCAGAAAUUGUGGAUUUUGUCAAGAAGGUGAUGGAAAACGGUUAUGGAUACGUCUCAAAUGGUUCUGUCUAUUUUGACACGGUGAAAUUUGAUGCUAGUGAAAAACAUUCCUAUGCCAAACUGGUUCCAGAGGCUGUAGGAGAUCAAAAAGCACUUCAGGAGGGUGAAGGUGAUCUUAGUAUUUCAGCCGAUCGUCUGAGUGAGAAGAGGUCUCCUAAUGAUUUUGCACUGUGGAAGGCUUCCAAGCCUGGAGAACCAUCUUGGGAUUCUCCCUGGGGAAAGGGGCGACCAGGCUGGCACAUUGAAUGUUCUGCAAUGGCCGGGUCCAUAUUGGGAGAAUCUAUGGACAUCCAUGGUGGAGGGUUUGACCUCCGCUUUCCCCAUCAUGACAAUGAGUUAGCCCAGUCUGAGGCAUAUUUUGAAAAUGACCACUGGGUCCGUUAUUUCUUGCAUACGGGCCACCUAACCAUUGCCGGAUGCAAGAUGUCCAAAUCUCUGAAGAAUUUCAUUACCAUAAAAGAAGCCUUGUCAAAACACACAGCACGACAGCUUCGUCUAGCAUUCCUCAUGCACUCCUGGAAGGACACUUUAGACUAUUCGAAUAACACUAUGGAAUCCGCCAUCCAGUACGAGAAGUUUCUUAAUGAGUUCUUUCUGAAUGUGAAGGAUAUUUUAAGGGCUCCCACUGAUAUCACUGGGCAAUUUGAAAAGUGGGAAGCUCCAGAAAUUGAACUGAACAAGAGCUUUUAUGACAAAAAAGCUUCAGUACAUGCAGCCCUGUGUGACAACAUUGACACCCGUAGUGCCAUGGAAGAGAUGAGAGCUUUGGUGAGCCAGUCCAAUUACUACAUUGCAGCAAAGAAGAACACUAAGCAAAAUCCCAACAGAAUGGUGCUGAAGAGCAUUGCCACCUAUCUGACAGACAUGUUGAAGAUCUUUGGGGCAAUAAAUGGAACAGAGCAAAUUGGAUUCCCAGUUGGAGGAAGUGGAGAAACUACAGAUCUGGAGGCCACUGUGUUGCCAUAUUUAAAUGUUCUGUCAGAAUUCAGGGAAGGUGUGAGGAGGAUCGCAAGAGAAAAAAAAGUGACAGAAGUCCUGCAGCUUUGUGAUGCUUUGCGUGAUGACAUCCUCCCAGAACUUGGAGUGCGUUUUGAAGACCAUGAAGGACUGCCCACAGUUGUGAAAUUAGUUGAUCGUGAGACACUCCUAAAGGAGAGAGAUGAAAAGAAGAAGGUGGAAGAGGAGAAAAGAAGAAAGAAAGAAGAAGCUGCUAAAAAGAAACAAGAACAGGAAAUGGCAAAGUUGGCAAAGAUGAAAAUCCCACCUAGUGAAAUGUUCAAAUCAGAAAGCGACAAGUAUUCCAGCUUUGAUGAAAAUGGUUUUCCCACCCAUGACGCAGAGGGCAAAGAGAUAAGCAAGGGUCAAACCAAAAAGCUGAAGAAACUCUAUGAAGCUCAGGACAAACUGUACAAGGAGUACCUGGAAAUGGUCCAAAAUGGUGGAAGUGCUUGAACGCCCCUCCUGAAGAAGAUCACUUCAAGUACAGCGGAGCAGAUGGCAGGUCCAGAAGAGAGCCGGGCAUUCAGACGCUGAUCACCUUUUCAUGUGACUGUGAACAAAAAAUGUGAAGUUAUUGUACAGUAACAUGGGGCACACAUGUCAAGAAGUUUCAAAGAACCCAAAAAAAGGAUUUGUUUUCCAUA